GAAUGCCUGACUGAUUUCUGUGGAUAGGUGGAUGGUAGAGUGACUCCAUCUAGGCACGGACCCCGACGUCACGGCCCGAGACUUGUUGCAAUCUCGCGCUUGCCGUUCAACAUCUCUCGCCUCGCGCCGCCGUAUCGUUCAUGAACUCGUACCCACCAGAGUUCCUCUCCCACCCCCAGCCGCUCAUGUUCGUGGGCGGGCUGGGGACGUCCCCUCCUCCUCCCAACGCGACGCGCAAGCCGUCCAACUCCGAGGUCCCCCUGACAUCGCCAGAACCCGAGCUCACGCCUCUCCCACAAGACGAAUUUGCACAGCUCGCGACGGACCUCCGAUCCGCGCUGGCGCCGUACACUGCGUCCCCUCGGGUCUGGGGCGCGGACAACACUGAUUUCCGCGUCGUCCUCGUCGACAAGGCCGUGAAGCUUCCGCUGCGCAAGGCGCCGGAAGGCCACUCCCCGCUCUCCCCCCUCACUCCCGCGUCGCCGCUGCAUCCCGACGGGCUGAUCGCGCCCGUGUGGGUGCGGAAACACACCGAACUGCUGCCGUCCGUCUUCGUCCUCUUUCUGCGCCUGUACGAGCCCGGGCCUGGGGAAGACGUGGAGCGGCAGCGCGAGGCGGACGAAGCGACUGUGCGCGAGAUCGCGGACCGGCGGCGCCGGCUCGGCGAGCGCGGCAUCCGCCUCACUGUCGUCCUCUUGGCGUCGGCAGCGACGCUCGAGGCCGAGGGCCUCGACGCGCGUCUGUCCGCGAUCCGCCGCGCUUCGCAGCUGUCCGCAAAAGCCUCGCUGUUCGUGCUUACGCCCGUGCGCGCGAGCGAGUUGCCCGAUUUCGUGCGGAAUCUGUUCGACGCGCUGCGCGAGCCCGCGCUCGAAUACUACGCGGCGCACGGCAAGCGGGUGCGGCGCAAGCGGGGGCGCGGGGCGCGCCCGAGAUCAAACUCAGUGGCGGGGCGCUCGAGCGCCCCCCUCUCCCAGCAGGGCUGGACGAUCCGGUACGACUUCAAGGCCGGGUGGUUCGCAGAGGUGCGCGGCGAGCUGGACCUCGCGCGCCGGCACUACGAAGACUGCUGGAACGAGCUCGCGCGCAUGUUCGCGAGCACGAGCGCGCUGCCGCCGCGCACGAAGCGGUGGGCCGAGGCCAAGGUCCUCGCCGACUGCCUGGCCGUCCGCAUCUGCAAGCUGCAGCUGUACGAGGGCGCGCGCGUCCUCGUGCCCUUCUACGUGCAUGUGCGGCGGUUUGCGGACCUCAGCCGCGGCUGGGGUAUCGGCGAAGACACGUUCGAGUUCUGGUCCUGGCUCGCGCGGCAGUACCGCAUCUUCGGCGAGGUGCUGGAGCUCGCGCUCGCGCACGGCUUCGUCCUCCCGCCCCUCCCGGCGCCGGGGUACCCGUCCCCGCCGACGGGCAACGUGCUCCCGCCGUCCGCGGAGGAGAUGAACACGCCGACGUCGAGCGCGAACGCGCUCCACGUCCUCCAGCCGCCCGCAUUCUACUUCUACACCGCGGCGACGUGUACGCUGGAGCGCAAGGCGCGGUACGCGGCCGCGGCGGCGGCGGAGCGCGCCGCGGGCUCCUCACUCGCCGCGACGCCUGGGUUCGCGAACGAAAAGAGCGUGGACCACGCGGCCCUCGCGGUCGAGCUCCUCGGCAAGGCGAGCGCGGCAGGCGACCCCGGCCUCGCGAUGUACGCCGCCCUCCGCAUGGCGCAGGUGCAGGCCGAGGCGGGGCUGUUCGCGGCCGCGGGCAAGACGCUCGCGGCGUUGGCGGAGAUGGACGAGGACAGGCAGUGGGCGGAGCUCGCGGCGCAGCGCCGCGCGCUGUGGCUCGAGUGUGCGCGCGCGACGGGUGAUGUCGACACAGCCGUGCGCCUCCUCGCGUCCCUCCCGUCGCAGGAGGCCGAGGACGACCUCCUUGGCCUGCUGGCGACGACAAAGCCUGCGUCGAGCGACCCCAUAGUCUCCAGCGCCCAGGUCGUGGCUCUCACCGCGGGAUUCCGCGCCUCCAAGGCCGCGACGGGCAGCACUGUGCCGUUCCAGCUCGUGCUGGCGCCCAGCGCGUACAUCUCAAACUUGACGUUCAGUCGCCUCCGUGUCUCGCUCUCGGACGGCACAGAGAUCGUCGUCACCCACGGCGGGAGCGGGCGGGAUCUUUCGCUGGGCGCUAUUUCCGGAACUGCUGAGGUCGCGGCGCCGCUCGCCUUCCCCUCCGCCGAGCCCCUCGUGCUGACAGGCACGGUGUCGUCGGACGGCGAGCUCGAAGUCCUUGGGGCGGACCUCACGCUCGCGCAGGACGGCUGGACGCUGCUCUGGCGUCUUGAGCCGUCUCCGCUCGUAUCGUGGCGCGCGGGAGGCAGAUCAUUCCUGCCCUCCUCUGGCGUCUUCCCGUCCGUCACAUUCGCGCCGCCGCCACACGCCAUCUCGCUGGAAGUCCAGCCCCCGUCCGUGGGCUUCGUCGGCGAAUCUGUGCCCGUCACGAUCCGGGUGGCGAGUACGGACGCGCGCGCGCUGCAGCUCAGCCUCAGCGUGCUCCUGCAGCCGGGCGAGGAGUCAGACGGCAGCACGCUCGCGUACGGCGAGGAGCGCGGGGCGCUCCUCAAAGACAUCCCCCUGGCGCUUGUUGACGGCGCGGCCGAGGCGGUCGUGCAUCUCGUCUCGCCGGCUGCGGAGAAUAAAAUGCUCGACGUGUCGCUCAUUUCCACGGCGAACGGGGUGGAACAGGAGAUGACGCAUACCGCCGUCGUGUCGGUCAUCGAGCCGUUUUCCCUCAGCAUCAGCACGCAACCGGUCAAGGCUGGUGCGCUGCUCGCUGCCACCUUGUCUGUGCGGGGGCCGCGCGGCGUGGUUGUCGAGGGCAUGGAGCUGGUCGCGGAGGGCGCGGAGGUCGCGAGCUCGAGUCUUGGGAGCGUGGCGUGGCCACAGACAUGGGACCGCAACUCGUCAUUCUCUCUCGCGGCCAAGUUCACGCUUCCGGCGCGUGCGCCGCCCGCCUCCGCCGUCUUGCGUGUGCAAUGGCGGCCCGCGCCCUCCCAGCUCCUCACGGCAACACUGCCCCUCGGGGCGCUGCUCGCGCCGCCGCCCGAGGCGUUCGUGACGGCCGCCCUCGCGUCGCCGGCGACGGUGCGCGCACACGCGCCCUUCGCGCUCGCGCUCACGCUCGCCAACGCGCAUCCCGACGCGGACGCGUGGCUCACCGUGCACGGCGAGACGGCGGACGCGUUCGUGUGGGCCGGCCCGCGCGGCGCGCGCGUCCCCGUCCCCGCUGGAGAGAGUGUUGUUGUCGACCUCGGCGCCGUGCCUGUCGGCGCGAGCGGGUGGCAGGCGCUGCCGCACGUCGCGGUGUGGCUUGGUGAAGGGGCGGAUAGACGCGAGGUGCGCGUCGCCGCGCCGAGCGGCGUGUUGGUGCAGCCGUAGAUGAUGCUAGGGCGCCAAGCGUCUGCGUGCGUUGCAUUCAUCGCUGCUAUGUCUACCUGAGGCCCGGCUGGUGCGUGGCUGCGUGUGGGCGGCCGCCGCGUCAAACGCGGGCUGAUAUCGGGUACCAGAUGCGAGGGCACAUCCUGCGCAGUCCAAUGCAUUUGUGGAUCUGUGAUCUAUCUGGAACGUGUUGGGAGUUUCAAGUCAACCAAGGAGCCAACCGGGCCGGUGUUAUUGUCCACUCCUCCACCGCCGUGGCGUAGCCACGCUUAUCAC